AUGUUGUUGAAGAGAGAGAAAUCGAAGAUGUCAAACUCGGUUGUUUUGGACAGCUCCAUUUGCUCUGGAUACUUGAUGCGCACUUCCUCUGACGACCGGUUGAUCAUCUGUCGCACCUCGUCCAACGCUCUUUCGGAAAGUAUAUGUAGACACUCGUCGAGUCUUCCCAGGUCGUUUAUGAUCACCAGGUACUCUUUAAUGAGCUGGAAAGUUAGAAUGUCUUUGCCUGGAGAAGCACCUUCGUCGAUGUUGCCGUUGAUCUCCGUGAUGAACUGGUACAACGGGUCGUUGAUCGCUCGAGAAACAUCAUCGAUAUCUGUGGUGCUCAUUUUCAAAAGACGUGUAUUGACGUGUUCGUCGUAA